GAAUGCGUUGGAAAGGCUGGAAGUGAGACUGCGUUUGUGGUGUUCAGUGUAAUCGGUGGCGUUGUUUUUUCGUGUUUAGGAAUACCUGCUGGUAAAAAAAGUGAAACUUUAACCACAAAAUAGUGACGCGGUGUAGCACAAGUGAACCAUAAGUGUAAAAAAAAAUAAAAAAAAAAAGAUAUAAGCCACAACCACCAUCCACGAUGGCGCAUCAUCAAGGGCAAGAGGUUGGCGUACAGGAUUUUGUGCUGCUCGACGCUGUCACGAAGGAAAAAUUCAUGGACAACCUUCAGCGCAGAUUUCAGGCGGGCAAAAUCUACACAUACAUCGGCGAGGUGUGCAUCUCGGUGAACCCCUACCGGGAGAUGAACAUCUACGGGCCGGAGUACGUCAGCCGGUACAAGGGGCGGGAGCUGUUCGAAAAUGCGCCCCACAUCUUCGCCAUCGCGGACGCGGCCUACCGGGUGCUGAAGCAGCGGAACAACGACACCUGCAUCAUGAUAUCGGGCGAAUCGGGCGCCGGCAAGACGGAGGCGUCGAAGAUUAUCAUGAAGUACAUCGCGGCCGUGACGAACCAGGGCAAGCAGGGCGACAUUGAACGCGUAAAGAAUGUGCUUAUCAAGAGCAAUGCGAUCCUGGAAUGCUUCGGCAACGCCAAAACGAACCGCAACGACAACAGCAGCCGCUUCGGCAAGUACAUGGACAUCGAGUUCGACUACAAGGGCGACCCGGUCGGUGGCAUCAUAACGAACUAUUUGCUGGAAAAAUCGCGCGUCAUCCAGCAGCAGACUGGCGAACGGAAUUUCCACUGUUUCUAUCAGUUAUUACGCGGCGGAUCGAACAACGAGCUGCAGCAGUACAAUCUGACGCGGGAUCCGGCAACCUAUCACUACACCAACCAGGGCAGCACGGAAACUCUUUCGGAAAAAUCGGACUACCGGGCGACGACGGCCGGCCUGCAGGCCCUCGGGUUCAGUGGCGACGAGAUUUCGAUGGUUUGGCGAACGGUGGCGGCUAUUUUGCACCUGGGAAAUAUUGAGUUUCGAAUGCAAGAUGAAAAGAUCGCCGUUGCGAAUGGCAAAACGCUGGCAAACGUUGCCAAGCUGCUCCAGGUGACCGAGGGAGAAAUGCGUACCGCGCUAACGGAGCGGGUGAUUGCGGCACGCGGUGAAAUCAUGACCAAGAGCCACGACACGGUGCAGGCCGAGUACGGACGCGAUGCGCUAGCGAAAGCCAUCUAUGACCGUAUGUUCACCUGGAUCAUCCAGCGCAUCAAUAAGGCCAUCCUGGUGCCCGGCAGUGCGACGGUGAAGCGCUACAACAAAGUGAUAGGUGUGCUGGAUAUCUACGGCUUUGAAAUAUUUGACCGGAACAGCUUCGAGCAGUUUUGCAUCAAUUACUGUAACGAGAAGCUGCAGCAGCUGUUCAUCGAGCUGGUACUAAAGCAGGAGCAGGAAGAGUACAACCGGGAGGGCAUCGAGUGGACCAACAUCGAGUAUUUCAAUAACCAGAUCAUUUGUGCCUUGGUUGAGCAACCGGACAAAGGUGUAAUUGCUAUCAUGAAUGAGGCGUGUUUGAAUGUGGGAAAAAUUACCGACGAAAUGCUGCUGGACGAUAUGGAUAAGAAAUUGUCGCACCAUCCGCACUACAGCAGCCGUCAGCUGAAGCCGAUGGACAAGGAACUGCGCCACCGGGAAGACUUCCGUAUAACGCACUACGCCGGCGACGUAAUCUACUCCAUCGGUGGGUUCAUCGAGAAGAACAGGGACACGCUGUUCCAGGACUUUAAGCGUCUGCUGUACCGCUCGCAUGAUCCGCUAGUAAGCGCCAUGUGGCCCGAAGGUGCGCAGGACAUCGCGAAAACUACCAAGCGACCGCUUACGGCCGGUACGCUGUUCCAAAAGUCAAUGGCCGAGCUGGUGGCGACGCUGUUGCGCAAGGAGCCACUGUACGUACGCUGCAUCAAGCCGAACGACAUCAAGAGCCCAACCGUGUUCGACGAGAUUCGGGUGGAACAUCAGGUACGCUACCUGGGCCUGCUGGAGAACGUGCGGGUGCGUCGGGCCGGUUUUGUCCAUCGCCAGCGGUACGAUAAGUUCCUUCUGCGCUACAAGAUGAUCUCGCAGUACACGUGGCCCAACUUCCGCGGCGGCAACGAGCGCGAUGGUGUGAAGGUGCUGAUGAACGAGAAAAACUUCAGCCACGACGUGCGGUUCGGCCGAACGAAGAUCUUCAUCCGUUCGCCGCAAACGCUGUUUGCGCUCGAGCAGCAACGGAACGACAUGAUACCGCACAUCGUGACGCUGCUGCAGAAGCAGGUGCGAGGCUGGAUCGCCCGGCAGCGGUACAAGAAGAUGAAGGCGGCCAUCGUCAUCAUGCGCCACUACCGCAAGUACAAGCUGAAGAGCUACGUGCAGGACCUGGCGAUCCGGUUCCGGAAUGCGCGCACCCUGCGCGAUUUCGGUAAGGGCAUACAGUGGCCCCAGCCCCCGCUUGUCGGUCGGCAAGCGGAGCGGCAGCUGCGGAUGCUGUUCUCCCGCUGGCGCGCCGCCAUGAUCCUGCGCAAGUAUCCGCGCGAAGAGUGGCCCCAGCUGCGGCUGCAGAUCAUUGCCGCCAGUGCGUUUCGCAAGCGGCGCAAGUUCUGGGGUCACGAUCGCAAGUGGCUUGGCAAUUACCUGUCAAUCGUGGCGGAAAACAGCAACUACUCGUCGUACAAUGCAAGCGUGCGCAAUAUCAAGAAUACGGAUCACUUCGAUGUGGUCGUAUUUUCGGCGUUCAUCAAGAAGUUCAACAAGUGCAACAAAUCCGCCGAUCGUGCAAUCAUCGUGACCGAUAGUGCUAUUUACAAGCUUGACGGUGCGAAAAACAAGUUCCGCAAUAUGAAGCGCUCGGUUGCCAUCAAGGAGAUAACAUCGAUCAGCGUCAGUCCGGGGCGUGAUCAGCUAGCAGUAUUCCAUUCGCAUCAUAAUAACGACUUGAUCGUGGCCCUACAAGGAGAACACCAGCAGUUGAAGGAGGAUCGCAUCGGGGAGCUAGUGGCACACGUUGUCCGGCGAUACUUUACUCUCUGCCAGCAGGAGCUUCCGGUGAACGUGGCAUCAACUUUCCCACUUCGUUUGGGCAACAAAUCCCGCUCGCUCAACGUCGAGGCGGCCGUUGGACAGGUGAUUCCCGAGUUCACGCAUGCCGGCACGUUUAUCGUCUACAAGGUCCCUCCGGCGUACGCUAGCCCGCUGGACCAGACGGAACAGCAGGCAGCGCCAAACACGUUAUCACAGCGAUAUUAGCAGGAUUAGGUAGCAAGAAACAUUCGACCAGCUGAAGUGUGCCAUUAACGAAACAGAAGAUAACCUACAGAAAUUAAACCUAAACAGUACUUCGGAGGAUUGCGUGACACAAGAUUUACAACGCACGGAUUUCACAACAACACACAUGAAAAAACAAACAAAACGAACAAAAAUGGUUGCAAAAAGGGAACAUUAACAUAUGGUAACAAUUCAAUGUGAUAACUCAGCAGUACUAUUGAGAGGUUUUUCCAUGCGGAUAACCAAGGCGUAACAAGAAACCACUUUAAGGAGACAAAUACGGGGUAGAAGACAGGCCGAAUUACAUAAAUGGUGAAAUACGUUCACUUAUUUUUAAUUAGUUAUCAUUUUUAUUGUGUAUAGAAAGUAGAACUAGGCCGUUCUAAAAGAAUGCCUUAGAGGAGGAUUAGUUUGUUCUUUUUUGUAUGUUUGUGUACUUAACUUGACGAAAGACUGUAUGCAUCUGUAAAAUGCAUACUUUCCACGAGGAGAGGGAGGAAUGAAUGUGCCUUUUUAGCAUUUUGCUCGGACGAAAUAAAAAAAAAAUACAGUUUUAACAAAU